GGGCUGUCACGUGAUCAAAACAACAUGGCGGCGCCCAGUGGCACGUUUGGGUCGAGGCAGGCGGUGGUAUAAAACGAUCGUAUUUCUCAGUAACAUUUGAUACUCAUAACGUCUCCCAGCUAUCGGACGCAAUCUCAAAGUACAGAAUUUAAGAUUAUCCUUUUGAAUAGAAGUGAAUAUCAACGCCGAGCCCAGACUCCCACGUGAAAGUUUAGAGUGGGGAGGGGGGCAGUUUGUUAUUCUUCGGACUUUUCAGCACAGUAGGGUAUUUAGGAUGGAUCUGAAAGUUUCAAAUGAAGAGGAUGAACAACCUCUGGACAACGCAGGUAAAGUUGAACGGGUUCCAGACAUGGACACCCCUGAAGACGACAGGCUUGUGUCACUCGCAGACGACACAAUCGAAGAGUCUCAGUCGUCACAAGGUUCCACUAGUGUGGGUGAAACUGUGUUACCUGAAACUCCUGAGAGAACCGGUGGUCAGGAACAGAGCCGAGACGGAGGGGAGGGGGACGGAGAUACCGGGGACAAGAGUUCUGGACAAGGGACAAGUCAACCAGAUGUAACGACUGACAAAGGCAAAGAAGGUGACAGUUAUCAAGUGCCUAAAGCCUUGCAGCUGGCAGAGGAAGGUAUGCAGGUGCAGACAGCUGAUGCAUCAGGUGCUCCAGAGGAAGCCAUGGAAUAUGACUACCCCAUCCCUCUCUAUGACUUCAGCAAGGAGCCAGUACAAGUGACAGGAGCAACGACAGAGUUUGGAGAAUUCUCCUCCAACUUCUUAAAAGGAUGUAAAUGGUCUCCUGAUGGCUCGUGUAUCUUGACCAACAGUGAUGACAACACACUAAGGCUGUUCAACUUGCCGGUAGAGCUGUACCAAGGACAGCACCAGGGGUCAGCAGAACUGUCUUCAGUUUUACAGAUGAGAGAGGGUGAAACCAUCUAUGACUACUGCUGGUACCCACGGAUGAUGUCAUAUCAGCCAGAAACUUGCUGCCUGAUCAGUACAAGUAAGGACAACCCUAUCCACAUGUGGGAUGCCUUCACUGGCCAGCUCAGGUGUGCGUACAAGGCCUAUGACCAUAUGGAUGAGGUUGUUUCAGCCCAUAGCCUGACCUUUAACCCAGAGGGGAGCAAGUUGUACUGUGGGUUCAACAAAACAGUUCGUAUCUUUGAGACCAACAGACCUGGCAGAGAGUGUGAGACAAGGAAAACACAUGUAAAUAAGACUGGGCAAGGUGGAAUUAUCUCAUGUAUUGAUGUCAGCCCAGAAAACUCAGACAUCUACGCUUGUGGAUCCUACUCCAAGUCAGUUGGGGUGUACACAGAGCCAAAAGGCAAGCUGCUGUUUCUACUACAGGGUCAACAAGGUGGGGUGACCCAGGUCAUGUUCUCUCCUGAUGGACACAGGCUGUAUAGUGGAGGCAGGAAGGACCCAGAGAUUCUGUGCUGGGACAUGAGGAACCCAGGAACAGUUCUGUUCAGUCUGAAGAGAGACGUGGUCACUAACCAGAGGAUGUACUUCCACAUGAGCAGUACUGGUCGGUACCUAGUGAGUGGAGGCCAGGCUGGAGUGAUAAGUGUAUGGGACACAGCCAUGACACCAGCCCCUGAGGACAGCUCUAACCCUGAACCUGUGCUACAGCCAGUGCUGACCUGGAGGGGGCACAACGAUGCUGUUAAUGGAGUCAGCCUGCAUCCAUUUUCCACCCUGUUGGUGACAGCAUCAGGACAGCGCAAGUUCCAUGUUCCCAUGGACAGCAGUGACAGCGACACAGAUGAGAGUGACGAGGAGCUGAUGAGUGACAGACACGUAACCAGGGACAACAGUCUCCGGGUGUGGUCACUGUCAGCGUAACCAGGGACAACAGUCUCCGGGUGUGGUCACUAUCAGCGUAGCAACAGAGAACGACUAUUUCUGUGUUGUGAUGCUAUACAUGUAUAUGCUUAGGUUAUCUCUAGUGAUCAUUUGUAUGACAAUUUUAUGCAAAGUUCUCUUUUCUAGACAGAAAGUCAACCUUUUAAAAAGAUUAGUAAAAGAAAGACUUUUUUUCUUUGUAGCACUUUUCCUUUUCCUACUUUAUUGUUCACAUUAUAUUGUACUUGUACUUGACCACCAGACUGUGUAUAUGUUGUGUCCUUGUAAACAUUUCAGACAUACAACAUAUACAUACAUUAGACUUAGAGUAUACAAGUCAUGUAGAUAAGCAUUGUGUUGUCAUUUGUGAUAUCUAUGAUAGAGUUGCCAUUGAUGUUACUGGUACAUUUUGUUUUUUACAAUUUUUUAUGACAUAAAAAUUAAUGACACAUUCCAAAAACUGUGUGCAUAAAAGACUGACACACACACAA